GUUCAGAGUCACAGUUCAAUACAUCAGCAUCUUAGAGGCAAGCUAGCAGAGAGACGUCUCAAUGCAGCACCUGAGAGGGGUCCUACUCAUGGGCAGCUUCCUUGUGCAGUGCCAAUCUGCCUCCAUCGCUGUGCCAACCUUAAUCAGGCAGACCCACGACCUCUCGCUCCUGCUCCAAUCGCAGGCCUCCUCGCUGCUCAGCUCUUAUGUGCAGCAGAUGGGACGCCCCUUCUCCGAUCCGGAUUUCUCCCUGCCGGGAACGCAGCUGCAGGGCCUACCCCAGGCUUCGGUCCCUUACCUGUCCUGGCGCGGCCUCAGUCACCAGCAGCGCCUGGCCGACACUUACCAGGCCUACAGCCUCUACGCGGAGUUCCUGCAGCUGGUCCUGGACGACGUCGAGGCCUUGGGCCUGAGCCUGGGCCCAGGGAAGCUGUGGGACCGCCUCACCUUCACCAAGGUCCAGGUGGAGGGGCUGCGGUCCAACGCCAGGUCCCUGCUGGACGCCUUGCGCUACCCGCUUCCCGUCGUCGGCGACCCUCUGGACCCCGCCAAGUCCGGCCACACAGACUUCGAGAGGAAGGUCAGGGGCUACAUUGUGUGCCGGGGUUACAGAGACUGGAUCAACCGGACCGUGAGAGAUUUCCAGCUCCUCUCUUAUUACUUCCCCGCCUGAUCUGUCACUGUCAGACAGGCAGGAUCCUCGUUUUCGACUUGCUCAAAGGAUUUUGCUGCUGUGUUUUGUAGUUAUUUCCCCCAUCAAACACUCCCAGGACAGGUACAGCACGGGGUAAGAUACAGAGUAAAGCUCCCUCUACACCGUCCCCAUCAAACACUCCCUGCACAGGUACAGCAUGGGGUUAGA